AUGGAGCCCGCGGUGGGCAGCCGCCAGCUCGCCCGCGAAGUCGGCGCGCUUGGGCAUCGCUCCCUAUGGAGGGACGCCGUCGUUCGCGUAGAGGAGCUGCGCCAGCGUGGUAUCGAACCCUCGGCUGUGGCCUUCAAUGCCCUCGUCUCGGCCCUCGCCCGUGGGCAUCGCGUGGAGCGCUCCGCCGCCCUUCUCCGAGACCUCAGGCGGGAGGAGCUCCACCUCGACUUGGAGGCCUACGGAGGAGCCAUCACCGCCUGCGCAGAUGCAGCGCUCUGGGCCGAAGCUCUUGGCUUCCUCGAGGAGGUGCUCCACAGCGAGCUCCUCGAAGACAGCGCGCUCUUCAACCAGGCACUGGCCUCCUGUUGGCGGGGCCACUGGCGACUGGCACAAGCGCUGCUUUCAAGGAUGGACAGCCAUGCUCUGCCUCGCACCGUGGUCUCGUUUGAAAAGGCCGCAGCUGCUUGCAGCAGAGCGGGUCGCUGGCAGGAGGCUUUCUACCUAUUCGAAGAGGCCUGGGAGAGCCUCUGCCCGCCGAACGCCCUGAUGUUCCGCGACGUUUCUCGCAGCUGCGCAGACGGCUUUGCCUGGGAGGCCUCAUUGGAAUUGCUGAACUUGGCUUGUCGCGACGAUGCUCCGGAAGUGGAGGAUUCUGCCUGCGCGGCAGCACUUGGUGCAUGCGGCAGCGCCAGCCGCUGGGAGCUUGUCUUCACUCUCUUAGCGGAGAGCUGGGAAGUUGGAGAUCCUGGAGGAGAGGCAUACAGUGCAGCCAUCCGGGGGCUCAGUCGCUGCAGCCAGUGGCCCCAUGCUCUUUUGGCUCUCGCCGAGCUUCGGGCGCUGCGUCGGACACCGGACGCCGCGGCGCCAGGGACCUAUGGGUCUAAGGUAAUAAAGAGGUUUAGGGUUUAA